AGCCCCCCUCCCCAGGUCGUGGUUCUGGCUCUAGAUGGCUACAUACCCAGAGGGGACCACAGCUGGGCAGACCAAGUGAGCUUGGGCAAAUACAAGAAUUUGUGCACCUAGGGUGCGGUAUUCCGUGUGUGCGCGUCUGGCUAGACUCCCGCCUGGGGCUUUAUAAAGUAUUUUCGAGGUGAGCUGCUUGGGGAAGGGAUGAAUGGGAACAGUGCAGGUGGAGCGAUGGGGAGGAAGUGCAAGAAUACGUACGGAAUAAUAACUUACUCUCUUUAAACAGUAGUGGGACCUUCUGUCUCUUCCAUUUUGCGAUGCAGUUUUAAGAGAUGUUUAGGCUGUGGGGUUUUGGUUUGGUUUUGUUUUUUUUCUGUAGAUCAAGAAAAACAAACCCUGUGGUUCUGACCCGAUUAUUAGGACUUGUCGUUAGGGCGCUAUUAUCUAGGGAAGAAUUAGGGAGAAGGCAGGGUGUGGGCGCUGGGGAGGCGAAAGAAGGGGGAGUUCCCGCCCCGGGCAAGCUGAGCUGCAGCCGCCACAGCAGCCUCCAUGCCCCACGGACUUGAUUUAUGCCGCCUGCUCCACGUCAACUGCAGGCUGGCGGGAGGCGGGCGGGUAGUGCUGGGUGGGAGGGCUCUGCGGAAGGCUGGCGGGGGCGGGGGCUCGGGCUCGCCUCCGUACUGCGGCGGCCAGCGCUCAGCACCCUGGACAGCAAUACCAAGGGACUGCGCUGGCGCCCGCGACCUUUCAGCACCGCGGAUAGCGGUCCGGCCGCCCCGGCGCACCUACCUGCUGCAGAGAUGCCUGGCCGGGGCUAGAUGUUCCAGGGCUGCAGGCCAAAUUGCUUCUCUGAGACUUAGGUCUCACGGAGACCCCCUAAUAGAGCAGGUGUAGUAGGUUAAAAGAAAAAAAGAAAGGAAAAAAAAAAAAUCCUGCCUACAGGACUCCUUUGGAAGCAAUUACCAGCUCCCAUCCUUAGCUCCUGCAUAGCCUAAAAAAAAAAAAAAGUCUACUUGUGGAAAUUUUCUGUGUUACCCUCUCCCCUCCCCGCCCCCCCCCCCUUUUUAGGUAAAAAACAAACACAUUUUUAAAAAUUUGCAUUUAUCCUCCAGUCACAA